CUUAUAUUUUGAAAGGUGGCGCUGUAAGGAAGAGCAAUAAUAAAGCACGCGCAGGAGCGCUGCUCACGCGCUGGAGAGUAUGAGGAAAGAAACUGAAGAUGGCUUUUCUGUUUAAAGUGUCUCAGCUCUGUCCUCUGCUGAGAAUAGCGCUGGUUCUGGCCUGUGUUCUGCGGCUCCCGGCUGAAGCGCGUUUCUCCAGCUCCCGAAAACUGAGCACAGCUUCUGGGUUCAGUUCAGAACCUGCAGGAGAGGAGUACUGGUUCAUCCAGCGGCUGGACCACUUCAAUGGAGCCGACAGCAGAGUCUGGAAACAGAGGUAUUUUGUUAAUGAUCGUUUCUACAAAACCGGAGGCCCAGUGUUCCUUAUGAUUGGGGGAGAAGGCCCGGCCAACCCUGCCUGGAUGCAGUACGGAACCUGGCUAAAUUAUGCAGAGAAGUUUGGAGCCUUGUGCUUGUUACUGGAGCAUCGAUUCUAUGGCAAAAGUCACCCAACUGAGGAUUUGAGUGUGGAAAGUCUGCGAUUCCUGAGCAGUAGACAAGCCCUGGCUGACCUCGCCCACUUUCGCUCGGUCACCGCAGAAACUCGCAAACUUACCAGUAACAAAUGGGUCGCGUUUGGAGGCUCAUACCCAGGAUCUCUCGCUGCGUGGUUCCGACUCAAAUACCCUCACCUGGUCCACGCUUCUGUUGCUACCAGCGCUCCUGUGUAUGCUACAGUGAACUUCACAGAGUAUCUGGAGGUUGUUCAGAAGUCGUUGGAAGCAGAGAAUCCUCAGUGCCCUGUACUGGUGAAGAAGGCGUCAGACACCCUGAUGGCUCGACUUAAGGACCCAAAGACCUACGACAACAUCACUAAAGACUUCAGGCUGUGCUCCAAGCUGGAGAUUCAGUCAGAUAUGGACUCUGCUUAUCUGCUGGAGACUCUGGCUGGAAACUUCAUGGAUGUUGUGCAAUAUAACGAGGACAAUAGGGCCUUUGAGGGUGUGUUGGGCACUAACAUCACUAUAAAGGUGCUGUGUGAUGUGAUGCUGGACUCGUCGCUGGGUGAGCCGUAUGAUCGUUAUGCAGCUGUAGCGCGUCUGCUUCAGAAGACCUUCCUCCAGUCCUGCACUGAUGCCCAGUAUUCCCAGUACGUACGAGAAAUGAGCAACACCAGCUGGACUGGACCUGCUGCCUCUGGAGGCAGGCAGUGGGUGUAUCAGACCUGUGCUGAAUUUGGAUUCUAUCAGAGCACUGAUUCACAGAAACAGCCUUUUGGUGGAUUCCCUCUGAAAUAUCACCUGCGGCAGUGUAAUGAUAUCUACAACCUGAAUUCAUCCGUGGCCGAUGCUGUGCAGCAGACCAAUGAAGAGUAUGGAGGAUAUAACAUCAGGUCAACGCGCAUCGUCUUUCCAAACGGCUCCAUUGACCCCUGGCACGCCCUCGGAGUGACCAGUAACAUCACUGAUGAGCUGCCAGCAGUCUUCAUCAAAGGUACAGCUCACUGUGCCAAUAUGUACCCGGCCCGAGCAGAAGACCUCCCGGCACUGACACAAGCACGAGAUGAGAUCUUCCUUCUGCUGCAGCAGUGGUUGAAGAAGUGAUGAACAAACACGACAGCCAGUCAAAUCUGGCAGCUGCACUCAGUCACAGUUGUGAUUUUAGCAAUAAUUUACAGAGAAAAAUAUGAUUUAAUGUUCUGUUCACAAAAAAAACACUUUUGUUCACUUGUUUUAAUAUUCAUUUGAUCAGAUUUUUUUUUAUAAUAAUAAAGAUACUUCUAUAUCAGGGAUCAGCAGCUCCAGUCCAGGGAUUCCACACUUGCUGUCAGGUUGAUUAUCAGGUUUUAGUAGGUGUGGUUGAGCUGGAAAAUUGUAUCCAGUGCUGCUCUGUUGUUCUCCAGGACUGUUGUUGCCAUGUACUAUACAUCAGUGUUCUGACGUGCAAUGUAAUAAAGUUGAUUUGGUACUCUC